AUGUCCCGUUUCAAACCCACAGAAGCAAAUGUAUCCCAUAUCGUCUUCGAUCUAGGGGGCGUAUUCACCGACCCGCCAUCUAACGAUGUACUGCUUCCCACCGAAGACUCGUUGCCAGUCUCCGUCCGAAGACUAACAUCCACCUCAACAUGGAUGGCCUACGAAUGCGGCAAGCUCGAAGAAGAAGAAUGCUACCAGCUCCUAGCAAACCAAUACGGUCUCCAAAAAGGCGACUUAGCAACAGCCAUCCAAAAAGGGCGCGAGGCCUCCGAUUACGACCACGACCUGGUAGCCGGUCUAUGGGCCUUCAAGAAAAGCACCCCCGGCGUGCGGUUGAUCAUGGCUUCGAACAUCUCCCUGCCAGACUACACGGCGCUCCAAGAGCGGUGGGGACCCCCGUUCUGGUCGCUGUUUGACUACUCUUUUCCUUCGUGCAAAGUGGGAGUCCGCAAGCCGAGUCCGCGGUUCUACCGCCAUCUAUUGAGGAAUACCGGUGCCAGCCCUAGUCAGACUGUGUUUGUGGAUGACCGGCCUGAGAAUGUUUUAGCGGCUGCGGGCUUGGGAUGCGAGGGGUUCUUUUCAAGACUGCGGAUGCGCUCUCGCGGUCGUUGCGGAGUCUGGUCGGGGACUCUGUGGAAAGAGGUCUUGCUGAUCCUGGAUACUACAAGUGAUUCAAACCUCGUCGAACUCAAACGACCCCAACGAUUCUGGAACUUCUUCAGCGGCACACCAAAAUACACAACCACCCAAUACCCCGACGACGUGGACACCACAUCCCUAGCCCUAGCAUCCAUGCCAUACAGUCCAGAGGUAGUCCACUCAAUUCUAGACGAAAUGCUCGACUAUGUCGACGAAGACGGCCUCGUCCAGCUCUAUUUGGAUAGAUCCCGACCCCGUGUCGACGCCGUCAUCUGCCUCAACGUGCUCACCCUGUUUUGCAUCCACUCACGAGGUUACCAACUUCCAGAGACAACCAACUGGAUCCAAGACAUCCUUCUACACAGGGCGUACCUCAACGGCACCAGAUACUAUCCAACGGCGGAGUGGUUUCUGUACUACCUGAGCCGGCUCCUCGUCCGAACAGACGACCAGACCCUGCGGGACCGGUUCGAAGCCCCGCUUAAGCAGCGGAUCAAGGAGCGGAUCGGCGCUGGAGGGGACGCGCUGUGCCUUGCGAUGCGCUUGUUGGUCUGUAGUGCGUUGGGGAUAGCCAAUCCUCGCGAUGUGGAGACGUUAAGGGUGGCGCAGUUGGAAGACGGGGGGUGGGAGGCUUCGUUCAUGUAUCGGUUUCCGGGGAUGGGAAAGGAGUUGGGGAAUCGGGGGGUUACAACUGCUUUUGCGGUUAGGGCGCUGCAGGAGCAGGCUGGUUUUGAACGGGGUGGGACUGUGGUUUGA